AUGGUUCUUUUUUUUUUUUUUUCCGUGGCAUUCAUUGCCUCAAAAGGAAUUUCAUCGCGCAACGACAUGGCGUCCCCAACUGCAGGUGAAUCAAAGACAAAUAGUGGCGGGAAACAAUCGGUGUACUCCGCAACGAGUUUUUCCCCUGCCAUGCUUGCAAACCCGCUUACUGUUCGGGCAACGGUGUUGCGUAGGCCGGAGUUUUUUGAAGCGGCGUCACCCGAAUUGGUAGAGGAAGGCGACGUUCUUUUUGAUGUUCUUAGCAACCCACUUCAUUAUCCCUCUGCCAAUUGUAUGGCCAACGACGCCCAGACCAAGGUGCGGCGACGCAGCAAGGCGGCAGAACUUUCGGUGCACGGCAUUGGCACUGUUCUUUCACUUCCCACCUCGCUUGGAAAGUUUUUUGUUGGACAACCUUUCCGCGCCUUUUUAAGCUUCCACAACGCUGCCACUUACCCGCUGGCUACCAUGGUGUUUUCCAUUGUGUGCCUGCACCCGACAUUGCAUCGUUCAAAGAUUGUGAAUUACGAGUGCUCGCACCUAGAAGGGAAAGGAAAUGCGUCAUUUACGGUGGAGUGUUUGCUCAAAGAACCAGGCCAGUACACACUCGAUGUGCUGGUGACAUACAUGGAUAUCGCCAAGGAGGCAAAACGUCUAACUUGGUCUUUUAGCAUCCAGGUGGAGCGCGCCAUAAUUGAAGUGAGUCGGACCAUUCAUGUUGUCCCCAUUAUAACUCGGCACGGCAAGGACACGCAUGCUCAGCUGCGUGCUGCAGGUCCAACUCUUGAGGAAGCGAUGUCAAAUAUCACUCUGCCAACCAAAAAAUAUGUUUUAUCAGUUUGCUUGCAAAACGUGUCAUCCGUACCUUUGUUUAUUGUGAGCGUAAAACUACACACAGAGGGCGUUUUUCAGCUUUUGCCACGGCCGCGCCGCCCAUCCACGAAAACGGAAUCUUCAUUACCGCCAUGGUGGCCUGCCAAUGUAGCGAAACCGAGGCAAGAUGAAAGGGAGUUUGGUACGCACUACACUGGCGGUGGAGCCGACGCUCUGGAAAGCGUUUAUUUGCGCCCAAAGGACAAGCAUUGCUAUUACUUUGAACUGGUGUUGAAGCCGGAUAUACUUUGCUCUCUUCCACUGCAACACACUGCAACUGGUGCUCCUGCGGCAGUUGUUCCUUCAAACUUUACAGAUGUUGGGUAUGUGGAGUGGAAGUGGUGUCGUGCUAACGGUGAUGGUGGGGCAGAGCAUAGCAGUCGGGUGCGGGUGGACCACCUUUUUAUGCAGCCAAUGCUGGAUUUUUUUGUACUCAACGUGGAUCCAGAGACACCUACUGCCGGAAAGCCCACAACAUUUGAUUGCGUCGUUGUGAAUUAUGACUCGGAUAAACAGUUUGAUUUGGCUCUUCGCGUUCGUCCCGAUCUUCUAGCGCCGUCCUUCCUGUAUGCGGGUCCACUACUUAUUCCUUUAGGCCUCAUUGAACCACGCGGAACCAUAAAUUUUCCUGUUUCGCUUCUGCCGUGGCAGCCCGGCUGGCUCGUGUUACAGGGUGGGUUGGAGCUCUGUGACGCGAGGGCACCCGCAACUCUGUUAUGGCCAUUGCAACCGGGGAAAACGCAGCCCUUGCCACCGAACUCAUCCACCAUUUUAUCAUCGGCAGUGACAGACACACCAGAGCAGCCUUACCCUCCGGUUCUUUGCGAGCUACUUGUCCGCUGA